AUAAGCUGGGAGUCCGACCCGGACCUGCAGCAUCGACUUUCCUCCUCGACUUCGUGCUCACCUAGCUCUCAGGCUCCGGCCCCUCCUGCAGCAUGGCCUUCACCGGAAAGUUCGAGGCAGAGAGCGAGAAGAACUUCGAGGCUUUCAUGAAGCGCAUUGGUCUUCCCAGCGACGUGAUCGAAAAGGGUCACAACUCCAAAGUCAUCACAGAGGUGCAGCAGAACGGGCAGGAAUUCACCUGGUCGCAGUCCCACGCCUUGGGCCACAUCCUCACCAACAAGUUCACCAUCGGCAAAGAGAGUGACUUGGUGUCCUUGGGGGGCAAGAAGUUCAAGGCCACCGUGAAAAUGGAGGGCGGGAAGAUAGUGUUCGAGUUUCCCAACUAUCGCCAGACCUCGGAGAUUGUGGGUGACAAGCUGGUGGAGAUCUCCACCGUUGGGGACGUGACCUACGAGCGCGUGAGCAAGAGGCUGGCCUGAGCCACAGACUGGGCACCGUGGGGCUACCGAACCCCCAAUAAAACUGAUCUAAGAGCA